AUGCAAGCUCUGCAAGCUUUAGAAGCUAUGGAGCAACUAGGAAAUGCUCCGCAUCGUCGUCGUAAGGUUUACCAGAAGAGAUAUGAUCCGUUUUCUUUGCCCGAUGUAGAGUUCAAAAAGCGAUACCGCUUCAAUAAACGUACGGCAUCUUUUAUAAUUGAUCUUGUAAGGUGGUUUGCGAUGCUAAGCUGUAUAUCAGAGACAUCGUUGCCAGAUGGCGAGGAGUACCCAUGA